AUUGUCAGAUGACUUGAAACAUGGCGGUGCCGGAAAUUUCCGUCCUCGGUAAAAAUGUGCGUGCCAAGCUUGGAGAAGGACCACACUGGGAUACAACUACGCAGAAAUUACUCUGGGUGGACAGUUUUGAUCACAGUGUUCAUAUCUUGGAUGUAGAAAAAGGCGAGGUAUACGAUAAAAUUAAUAUAAGUUAGAUACUGGGGUUCAACGAGUACUUCAUGUUAUUAAUUUUCAAUUGCAAGGCUGAAGCUUUUGUUAUACAAACAAGUGGAAUAUCAGAGGUCUUUUUCCUUAAUGAAUACUAAACGAGGAAGAAGAAGAAGAGAAGCUUUACAAUAUUUGUGACUUUUAAUAUACGAAAUAAAUGUGGAAUUGAUAAUUCUUUACAAAAUCCACCUUAUGACCAACUUGACCAAUCUGGAAGUUCACACACAUGGAAGGCCUGGGGUCUGUAACUGACUUGGGGAGCAGGGGUGGGUAUUUAAAGCCACACACAAUAGAAAACAACCAACCAAAGUUGAAUUUCAUGUAUACAGGUGACAAACUUUGUUGUUAUAUUUCUAUAGACUUUCACUCAACCAAACAGGGACUGCCAUUGGUUGAUUCUUGGUCACAUGGCCUUGACUAAAAUCAAAUGUAUCCCGAUCGUGAUACAUUAAGCAAUGUACUCACUCGGGAUACAUUGCAGCACAUGAUCAAACCAUGGUGGAAAGUGGCGUGACAGAAGGUGGGGAAACACUGCCAGUUUUCUUUUUCGUGAAUGAAUACAACAACACAAACACAAAGCCUUAAGCUAAAAAGCAACGAUUUUUAAAGUUAUCCCAGAAGAGGAACAGCAGCUAGUAGUGGAAAAAGAUGCAGAUAAUAUAAGGAUAGUACUUUGUAAAUCAUUCAAUGACAUUCAGUUGUUUUGAGAAUUAGAUUUUUUAUAAGCAUUGAGUGGACUGUUUUGGUUCGCUCCGGUUAUUCUUUUGUUGCUGUUGAAGUGAAAGUCUAGAAAUAUAACAAAACACUUGAUGUCAGGUCCCUCGAACAAUCUUUUCUGGGUGUUAUGGAAUAUGGUAAGGGGUUAUUUAUGCAAUAGGUGUAUGAAUUAAAAAAACCAUAUCAGCAGGGAAGGGAAUUAUUGCCAACAAUAUAAAUCACAUAGCUACUAUAUUUCCUACUAGAAGUGAUUUUUCCUAAGUAGCAAAAUUAUAAGAAUCUGCCGGCCUUCCAUGAAAAAAGAGGCCCUAAUUCUUUUUCUUUGCUUUCCAUUUGCACCAAGAUAUCACAGUACUUUAAUUCUCUACUUGUUUUAAGCACUUCAGUGAUAUAAACAAAGGAGAACGAUGAUCCAGUAACUCUGUCCCCUCAGGGUUCUUCAGGGCCAAAUAUUUUUUCAAAAAUAAUCCUCACAAUCUUGGUAUGCCUGAUGUUUUACAGGAUAGAAGUUAUCAACUAGAUGGUAUUGUUGGAAGUGGUAGGUUUUUCCUCCAGUUUAGUUAACUAGCCUACAAGUACGUUUGUUAAUUACAACAGAGUAAGAAGACUCAUUCACCAGUCAACUCUUUCUAAAACAAAUAUAUGUACCUUAUGGGAUCAACUAGUUUCUGUCUUAGAGAGAUGUCCAUCUUAUAGUUACCUCUAGAAGUCCAUUUUACAAAGGUGUCCAUCUUGUAGAGGUGUCCCUGGAGAGAAAGUCAACUGUACACUGUUCUCUUAAUAAAACUUUGAAAACCAUAAACUAUUAACACUGCAAUGUAACCUGCAGUGAUAAAUGUGUAAACUUAUUGAAAGGGGACAUAGAGGACACAGACCCCGGGGGUGUGGGGAGGGGACUGUCAGGGGCCCACAGUAACUGACACCACAAUGGCUGUUACAUUGACCCUACCAAGAACUGGUGAAUCUAAAUAUUGAAUUAAAUAAUAAAUUAAGUGGCCUCUAUGAAACAGGACAACAAAACUACCAGCCACUUAUAGGCCUGUAGGUUAAGGUAGAUAAAGGUCCAUGGUGCUGAUCAAUCUGUUGCAAUAUGUACCAGCCUUCAUUGUUUUUGUGAAAAGACUAAGCAUAUACACAUACUGACUUGGCCUACAACAUAUUUAUUGGGUUUAAUGUAACCCCUUUAUAACAAAGGACCAAGGGGUCCUGGGUCUAGUAGCUGUACAGUGCCCCCCCUCCCCCCUUCUACAAAAAAUGUAGUGGUCCCACCAUGGAAAGAUGCUACAAACCUUCUAUCUCUCCCUUCUACCUUUUGUGUGUCUUUUAUGCCUGCUUCUUGGAUACCUUAACCUGCUGCUUAAUGUUUACAGUUGUUCCAAGGAAAAGAGGUGGAUCUGUUCUUGUAGCAACCCAGACAAGUUUAAUAUUUUUGGACCUUAAGGUGAGAAUUUUAUCCUCGUUCAAGUUUAGAAAACCUCCACACUUUCCUCACAGAUCGAGGGAUUGAAAAAACUCCCUGGGAAAAAAGUGAAUCUCAAGUACUAAAAAAAAUUAAAUGAAAUGUAUAUAGCUUAAAUUUGAUUAUUACCAAAUUUGAUUAUUACCAAAUGGGGAAGGUUAAGGGAUGUUUUCUGGACUACACACAUUGCCAUAUGAUUGCAGUCACGAAAUAUUUUGAAUGAGUGACCUAGUUGAACUAAUUUUUAAAGUUUUUAUCAUCAAGUCUCAUCACGCCAGUAGGUGCAUAAGGGGUUUAAAAUUUUAGCGGUGCAUUUUUAAUAGACUGGCUUACGAGUUGUUGUUGCCUGUUUUAAAAUUAUAUGCUUUAUAUUUAUUAUAUUAAAGAGAAAUUUAUUUAAAAUUGAUGUGCUGUUAUGGGUUCAUCUGUUUUGUAAGCUAGCUAGCAUAAUUUACGAUUAUCAGUGUGGGAGUGGCAAAUGGUCAAGAUGAUGGGACCCUGCAGCUUCUGAAUUAUGUAAAAUCCUUUGUAACACAGUACAGGCAAAGGCCAAAAAAAAAAACAAACAAACAAACAAACAGAAAGACCAAAAGAAAAAGAAAACGAAAAACACGUGACAGAGUAAAUCACAUGCAAUGACAUGAGCCGAUGUGAGCUUUUAGUCAGCCUUGUUCCAUAGCUGCACAGCUCCUCACUGCAGAUUAAUAGAGACUGUAAGUACCCUUUAAGAAUUUCAGCUCAUUAAAACUCACUUUCCCAUUUAUACAGCUGGGUUUGAAUUUCUGAUCUUUCAUUGUAAAAUGCUCAUGCAUACUUUUGAUUCAUUUAACACCCUUAAAUUUAAUCUUACAUGUUAUUCAUUAGUACAUAUAUUCUGUUGAUCUUGCAUCUUAUUACUUUAUUUUCUUUGGGAUGUAUCUUUCAGACUGGUGAAAAGGAAGUUGUUGCCACAGUAGAUGGUAGGAUUGAUUAAGUAAAAAUUCAUCAUCAGCCAUGAGCUUUAAUUUAUUUUCAUUAUCUAGUAAGUAAGAAAUCUAGUUUAGAUAUGAGAUGAGAAGUAUCUUAAGUUCAUAUCAAAUUAUGAGUAUAAGUAUGUUAUGUUGAUAUCAAAUUAAGAUUAUACUUUGCCUGUGAGUCAAUUAAGGCAAAUUUACCCGUUAGUCUCUAAUUAUUUAUUAUUGUUAACCACCACCACCACCAUCAUCAUUACCAUCGCCUUUACCACCAUUUCAUCAUUAUUGUCAUUGUCAUUGCAUACUAAUUUUUGUACAAUGUUUGUUUUCUUUGUCAAUUCACCUCUGAUCAAUUUAACCAGAACAGCUUCUUAAAAUAUAAGUUUAUCAUAUCCAUCCACUCUAAAGAGGGCUUCAAGCUUAAAUAACGUUGUUUUUAUAUGUUCAUCACCCUGAUCUGUUCAUUGUAGAUGAUAAACCGGAGAACCAUCUGAAUGACGGGAAGUGUGAUCCGGUAAGUCGAUCCCCGCUUCCAAUCCCUCCGCCUCCCCUCAAGCUCCAAAUAUUUGAUAGUACAGUGGAACCUCGCCUUACGACCACCCCGUUUAUAAGACCACCUCGUUAUUACGGCCAUAUUCUUUCAAACCAAACGUAAAAACCAUUGAGUCAUUUUAUUAUUUUGAAGACCCCGUUAAUGCGACCACCUCGUUAUUAUGUAGCUAGGACCACCUUAUAUACCAUAUAUAACGGUACUACCUCGGGGAACGAAACUGUAGCAGAAGGGCUACGUAAUGAUGGCAUACGGACGAAUGUACUAGGCCAUUUUCCGUGUGGUUUUAUCAAACGAAGAACAUUUAAUGGGACAAAUUCACCAGCAUGCACAGUAGAGUGUACUGAUAUUCAACUAAGGUUAAAUAGGUCAAACGCCUUUUUGCCAAAAGCAGCCACAGUAAACGUUUUGGGACUAAUAAUGUCUGAACAACUUUGCAACAACCUAAUGCGCAGAAUACUAGUUCAGAAGUUUUCGAGGAGGUUAUCAGCAAUAUUAAGAGAGGAAAAUACAAUUGCUACAGGCUUCCAAGUUCAUGAGGUUUGUUGCUUAAUGGUGCAGUUUUGACCUUUGACUGAAUGGCCAGGCUGGCAUCUGUAAAUUCCUCAUUAAAAGUUACAUUCAGGUGAAAAUUUUUAACCUAGGUUGAUUCUCAAUUUCCGUUGUCUCCUAGCCCCAAUUCCUGAAGAGUCAGGUCUGGGAGACAAAGGAAGUUGAAAAAAAUGUUCAUCUAAAUGUAAUUUUGACCUGUAACAUUAACCUCAAUGAUAACAUUCUUCAGAACCAUGACAUUUAGCCUAGAUGGAGGCGAGAUUCAGGUUGUGGGAAGGAAAUAUAUCAGAAAACAACAACAACAAAGAGCCUUGAAUCCUCUCACAAACGCAAGCUGUCAUGCCGCUGUCGUACAUCAGGUACAUCGUGCGUUGCCAAUCGGAAUGGGCAACAAAAAUAAAGCACUAAGAUCAGGAGGAACGAAUGACUCGUCAACGGUGGAGACAUGUGACGUGGCAGGCGUUCGAAAGGGAAGGGGAUUACGGGUGCGCGAGAAGAGCGAAAGACGCUUCACCUUCCCUUUGGAACGACUGCCAGAUUGGAAGGGUGUCCACAUGUUAAAGAUCCUUUCGCUUAACCCUUCUGCUUUUGCACAGUCUGCAAUUCUUAUUUAAUUGAGCAAAGAGAAUACUUAGGAAAGCGCGAGCUGACGACGAGGGGAAGGGACAGGGGAAGAGACGGUGGUUAAAACUGACUUUAGCAACUCAGUUAGUGUACAUGCAGUAGACCUAGCCUCCCCGCAGACGUCCUUUGGGGUUCGUUCGUCACGCAUUCAUUUCUCCCCCACGGACGAAUGAAUGAAUGCGUGACGAUCGAACCCCAAAGGAAGUCUGCGCGGAGGCUAGUGUAGACCAUCCUAAGUGUUAUAAGCUUCCGUGACUCAGGCUAUGAACACGCUAUACCUGAUAGCUUCUGCGCCCGCGCGAAAAUCGUACCGGAUAGGGCUUUUGUUCACACACAAGAACGAUGAGUUUGGCGCGAAUAUCUGUAACCAAGCGAAGCUGCGCCUCGCCGAUCUCUAAAGUGGAGAGUCACAUUUAUACUAUACCGGAAAGCUAUAUAGAGUGAACAUAGCCUCACAGUUGGAGCUUAUGUACAGUGGAACCUCGCCUUACGACCACCCCGUUUAUAAGACCACCUCGUUAUUACGGCCAUAUUCUUGCAAAGCAAACGUAAAAACCAUUGAGUCAUUUUAUUAUUUUGAAGACCCCGUUAAUGCGACCACCUCGUUAUUACGACCAGGAUUUAUGGCCCAACGGUGGUCGCAUUAACGGGGUUCCACUGUAGUUAAAUAUGUUUUCUUGACAGGUGGGACGAUUUUGGGUAGGUUCCAUGGGGCCUGAGCCAAAGCCAACACAGGUGGUCCCUGAACAAGGAUCUCUUGUAAGUUGGAAUUAUACGUUCUCAGUAGUAAGUAAUUAUCAACAUUAAUCAGGUCUUUAAUGAACUGUCAACGUCAGAGAUUCUAAAAAACUGUUAAUAGCUUGUCAAUUCAUAUUAUGUAAUUAUUUUCCAAGCAAUUACAAUGGCUAAUGACAAUGCCCUUUUCCUUCUCUGUUUUUUUAUUGUAUUAUGUGGAGAUUGGUCCUUAUUCUUUUUGCAAAGUACUCAGUUCGUCAGAUUCAUAGCGAAGCUAUUGUAUCCAUGUACACUCUUAAAGAGUACAUUUAUUUUUUAUGAUCCUUUGAGGUAAUUAACUUCGCACAUCUGCGUGACUGUGUAUGACUGUGUUGUUAUACAUGUACACAUCAUUUUUAGAAGUACAGGCCGCCACUUUCCUGAUCUGUGUUAAUUCCAUUACGACUAAGAAUUAGAAUACCGUCUAAACAGUGACACUGGAUGACUGGUGAAAUUCAGUUUUAAAGCAAAAGAAUGUACGAUGGAUAUUAUCAAAACAGUUUAGUUUCCCACUGAAUCCUUAGAACGCUCUGGUCCAUUUGAGCAGAACCUUAAUCCGCCUUGUAGCGCUUGUGUCGUCAUCACCUUUACUGACACACUUUGCACAGCACACAGAGGUCCUUAAGGGCAGGUAUGAAAUGAAUCAGAGCUUCACGCCAAAAAAAUUCUCUCUCGUUUUUCUUUUUUUUAAAAUUAUGUUCUUCAAGUUUUCGUGAAAACUUUUCCUGGUUGAUUGAAGUCUUAAAAUUGCAGUGGCAGUGUAGUGUAAAAUAUAGAAACGGGGAACUGAAAAUAAGAGGCAGGAGGGGCUAGUUUUUCUCAAUCAAAAACAAAGUGAAAUUCUCUUUGUUUGCGUAUGCAUUGGAACUUAAAGAAGAAAAAUUAAAUAGACAAGCCGGGAGCAAAAAAAUGAUAUUUGCAUAAUUUUUUUUAGCUGUAUAAACAUAUGUCGAGCUAAUCAAGUCUGACCUAUUUCAGUUUUCCUUCACUGGUGAUAGAAAGCUCACGAAGUGGAUAGAUAAGGUAGGUUUACUUAAAUAGUGCUUUUUUUCGGUAUUUGGCGUUGUUUGUUUAAAACCUUCCAUCUUUGAAGAGCAAUAGUACGUAAUUUUACUUUUUCUUUGUUUUGUUCAAAAAAUAAUACCAAUAGCGCGGAGAAAACGUAAUAAAGCUUUUUUAAAUCUACUGACAUUCCAUCCAUAUCCAACGAAAACGACGGCUAUGUUUGCAUUAAUGUGAAAAAGUCAAUAUUCACCGCUGUGCUGCAUGAACAGUGCUGCGUUUAUUUGGGGCGGUGCUGUUACAGUAAAUCAGUACAGUACUUGUAUGUCUCUAUGCUUGUUCAUUUCGUAAUUAACAUGUCAAAAACAGAUCACAGCUAACUCUCUGUGAUCAAGACUCAUGGUAAAUCCUUAUGAAUAGGUCCACACCCCACCCUCCCCCGUAUUUUUCUAACCUAUUUAAAAUCAAUUUCCCUUCUGAUAAGAAUCAUUUUAGUUUGUGACUGAGUUAAAAAUCAUUUCGCAAAAUGCUUUUGAUUGUAGGCUGUUUUUAGCAAAGUCUUGCUGCUAGCCGUUCAUCUGGCGUCAUGACAGUCAUGUUGCUUGUCAAGAACAAAAGCGUUUCCCUCCCUGGGAACCUUCUUUUGCGUGAAAAUUCUGCGG